UCCUUCAGUCGGUGCUUGUCGACCGUCGGAUGUUGUCGUCAUUGUUUUUCUUAUUCGCCAAUCGCACUGUAGUGAGUUCUAUGUAUACGUGUAUUUCAUAUCGUAACCCGAAUCGAGUAUUUGUUGUUUUAUAACCGUACGCGAGUGUUUAAAUAAUAUGUGCUUAUCGGUAUUUGUUUAAGUGAUUUUGACAAUUAUAAUUUAAGGUUUUAUUUUUUUAGAAAUUGCAAUUGAUUAAACCCGCGAUGCAUGUCGAUACCGCUUUUAUUCACCACCGUGGUAACUACGACCACGGUGGUGGCGGUGGUGGUGUCGAUCAUGAUGGUCGGUAUAGCAUAAACGGCAGUAAACGUGGUAUUGCAUAAAUCGGCUGCCACCACAAUGCCUAAGAAAAUUAUAUUAUACCUGACGGUUGUUGUCGUUAUGUUUACGACCGUGACAUCUUUGGUUGACACCUGUCAGGAAGUUUGUUCGUGUAAAUGGAAAGGUGGAAAGCAAAGCGUCGAGUGCAAAAAUAAAUCAUUGAUCACUAUCCCGGAUGAUAUUGAUGGAGCCACUCAAGUUCUUGAUGUGUCUGGUAACAACUUUCAAAUACUGUCUGCCGACACAUUUUACCGGGCCGGGUUGUUAAACUUACAAAGAGUUUACAUGAGCAGUUGUCGAAUUGGACAAAUUGAUAUUCAAGCACUUCAUGGUCUAAAAAAUUUAAUAGAACUCGAUCUUUCUAAGAACAUGUUAACUUCCGUGCCGUCAGCGACCUUUCAAAAUGUACCACUACUUAGAGAAUUAUCACUGGCGAAAAAUCCCAUACAAAAAUUAGACCACGACGCGUUUCGCCAUUGUGCUGGUCUAGUUGUCUUAGACUUGUCUGGAUGUGAGCUUCGCACAGUAGCAGCUACUGCAUUUGUUGGUAUUCAGCGAUUGGAAAACUUAAAACUUGGUAACAAUCGUCUUACUGAACUCAUGGCCAGUACUAUAGAUACACUGAACAAGGUACAAGGUGUAGAACUACAAGAGAAUCCGUGGCACUGUGAUUGUAAUAUGAGGUCAGUCAAAAUGUGGCUGACUAAAAAUAAUAUUCCAACCUUUGUUGAUCCUUCGUGUUCUACGGGUCCUGGACAUGUAGCUAACAAGACAUUUUCUUCUUUGAACGUAGAUGAUUUUGCAUGUCAGCCACACAUUCAACACGAGGACCCUACUGUAGAGGCAGCAACUGGUGAUAAUGCAUCUGUAUCAUGUCGUGUACAUUCAAUACCAGAAGCAAAAGUGUCAUGGUAUUGGAACGGACGACCACUUGCUAACAAUUCAGCUUUUGGUCCAUUUCAAAGAGUGUUUAUGACUGAGCGAGGACCAGGACAUAGUUUGCUGGUAUUAACCAAUGUGCAACCUUCAGAUUCCGGCCUGUUCCUAUGCGUAGCUGAAAACCGAGCAGGCCGAGCAGAAGCCAAUUUUACAUUAGUUGUUACUAGACUGGGUGGACUAGCUUUUCUAGCUAAUGGCCAGGUGGCUGGACUGAGUGUAUUUUUGGUAUUUCUGAUUGUCACAAUUUUAUUGGUAAUCGUUUACCUUUUGGUGCGUAUUAAGAGACUGCCGCCAUCAGCAUCUUCCGCUGACGGCAAACAUAGACAACCAAUUAUGACCGUGGCUACUGCUACACCAAAUGGUACCGCUGUUAAAGCGGUUAAACAACAAGGUUCUUUAGACACUACCAGUCAUCCUAUGGCCACUAAUCAAUCACUGCCUACUCCUCAUGUAACUGAAUUAGUCGCGACAUUAUCACGUCGGCCAAAACUUACCGAGUUAGCGUUCACUACUGACCACUAUGAAGCGGGUUUUGGCGGUAGUGUUAUAGACUCGACUGGUGGUAGAUCGGUUCUAUACCACAGUCAACCAUCUAACCCAGAUCUAAUAGCCGACGCUCCAUCACAACAGCAGCAGCAGCAACAACAACAGCUAAAGCGCCAAAGGCCCAGAUCUGGAAGUGGUGAAUAUCAUCGAGCUACUGAUGAUGAUGGUGGUUUAUAUUCACCUAGUUUUUGGGCUUCGUCAGACUCAACGACUACUAUGUCAGUUGCGUGUAAUGAUCGAACUCCAAUUAUCGAGAGGUCUCCUCCAUUACCACCUCCUCAAUUUCAACCAAUAGUAUCACCUACUGUCACGGUGGAUCCGAAAGCUGCCAGUCUUAGGGUGUGGAAACACGGGGUGCAGGUAAUGCCACCACUUAGUGCGCUUAAGAGAGCACUAAACAAGGGAUCGCCAGAUGAAGGUUACCAAGAAGGAUGUGGAACCGAUGUGUGAUCUCAAUCACGGUUGUUGUUGUUAUUGUUAUUAUUAAGCAAAAUUAAGUAAACAGAAUGAAAUUUGUUUAAAGUAUUUUGUAAAAAUUACUAUAUUAUUUUUACUAAAAUUAGAAAUUAAAAUCGUAUACAGGCCGUUUUAUAGUAUUGUUCUACCAUUCCAAAAUGUAAAUGUUUUAUGUCUGCUUUUUUCACAAGGCAUAAAUUUGUUUAAGUAAAGCUGAAUUAUUUACCAAUAUGAUACAGAUUAUAUUUUAACAAAAAAUAUACACGAACUAAAAAUAUUUACACUACAUAAGUAAAUUCAUUAAAUUUCGAAUAUCUCUUAAUUUCCUUCACUCAACUUUAAAAAUCCAUUUUCGAGAAGCCAUUGUAUAUAAAAAAUCGUCGUUUGGAGUAUGCACUAUUUUAGUUUUUCAGUCAAACAAUAGACAUAAAUAUUGUUCUAUGUUGGUCAUCAUUGACGUCUAGAAAAACCUUUUUGUUCCUAACAGCCUUUGAAAUACCUCUGAUUUGUCGUCCUAAACAAACAUUUCACGUGGUAUAUUUGUUGAAAAUCUAUUUUCUUUGUGCUUUGAUCUAAAUCUCCGACCAAUUGCCUGUUUCCCAGUCUUUCCUUCCUAUUUUAUAUUGGAAACAUUCCAACAAUUUCCGGUCUGGUGGUAAAAUCAAUUUUAUCUGCGAAUUUUGAGAUACCGUGAUAGAGUACCGUACGACAUAAUUAUCAUACCAUGCGAUUCACCCCUGGUCCCUACUCUGAUCAUUGUGUUAGAUAGGGUGACACCCUCUGUGUUCAGAGUUACACAUAUUUUACUUUUUCGACAGCUACGAAAAGUGGUGACUAGUUGAGUGUACUAUAAAAGUGCCACGAAAGGAACGAAAAUGCAAUGGGAUCAAGUUCAUAACGCUGUAUUUGGCUUCUCAUCACUACUCCUCUUUUUGUUAUCAAUACAUCAGUAGAAUUAGGAAAAAAUACGCCUUUAAAGCAACCUUGGUGGUUUAGUUUAUUCGUUGUCAUCAAGGGAAAACGAUGAGAACAUUGGAGAUGAAAAAAAAACAAGACAAGAAAUAGAAAACA